AUGGAGAGACAAAAAAGGAUAAAGAAAGUUAACGGAAGCCCGUUAUCAUUUGCCAAAAAUUUACCUGGGAAAACACCAUUACAAUUACAAGAUUUCUCUAUAAAUUUCAAGAAAGAUGAUUCAAGAUCAGAUGAUCGCCAAUCUUUUGCUCUGCCUCCAGCUGCUAUUGAUCCUAAAGAAGUACCCAGCUCAAGUAAGAACAAUCAAUAUAAUUCUCUCAAUAAUGACAGUAUAGUUACUAAUGAUCAAACUCCUUUAUUAGCUUCUAAGAGAGGCUCUCAAAGUCAAGCUUCACUUAACCCACAUCCAUCAUUGUACAAUAGACAAUCACUAAUAAAUAAUAUUGAUGAAGGUGCUCCUUUGAGAAGGGCUAUGACCACCAAAUCUACCAAAUCAUCCUCAAGGGAAGAUAAUCAAAAAGUUGAAAAUGUUGUUCCAUUGGAAAGUAAUAUGAGCACUGGUAAAAAAGAGUUUAUAGAUUGGUUAGAUAGUGAACUUGAAAAAAUUGAAGUUUUUUAUAGAGAAAAGGAAGAACAAGCCGUUGAAAGAUUUUUGUUAUUACAAGAUCAAUUAUAUCAAUUGAAAGAACAAAAGGAAAAUUUGAAAUAUAAACGUGGACAUGAACAUAGUGAAGAGUUACUACAUUUGAAAAUGGAUGAAGCUAAACGUAAACUACGGAAAAUCAAUAAAUAUGAACUUCCAAGUUUACCAAAAUUUCCAUUCAAGAAGAAGAAGAAAGUCAAAUCAGAUGAUGACGAUAGUUAUUAUGAUGAUCAACAUAGUAGAAGAGAUUAUGUACCUCGUGAUAAGCACCGUGUGCCUUACUAUGUUGCUAAAAGACAAAUCAAAAGUGCAGUUCAAGAAUACUAUAGAGGUUUGGAACUUUUAAAAUCUUAUAGAAUGUUGAAUCGUACAGGUUUUAGAAAAUUAGUUAAAAAAUUUGAUAAACAAACUCAUUCUGAAUUAUCAAAUUGGUAUAUUGAAAAAGUUAAUUCAAAUUAUUUUGGUACAAGUGAUGUUUUAGAUAAUAUGAUCCCAAAAGUUGAAGAACUUUUCAGUUUAUAUUUCGAGAAUGGGAAUCGUAAAGUUGCAGUGGAAAAACUUAGAUCAAAUUUAAGAGAAGAUCAAUUUUAUACAAGUAUGUUUUUAUCAGGUAUCUUAUUUGGUAUUUCAAUUCCUUUACUUAUUUAUGCCUUAUAUUUUGGAUUACAUAAAACUUUAACCCAUGAAAUGCCAGAGGGGAAAUUUGUUUUACAAAUUUGGGGUGGAUUUUUCCUAAUUGUUUUCAUGGCUGCAUUAUUUGCAAUUAAUUGUUAUGUUUGGACAAAAUAUAAAAUUAAUUACAAAUUUAUUUUUGAAUUUAAUCCUAAGACAGCUUUAGAUUUUAGACAAUAUUCAUUUAUUCCAUCAUUAAUUUUAUUUUUCCUUGCAAUUUUCAUGUGGUUUAGCUUUAAUGAUUUUUGGCCAGAACGUUUACCAGAAUCAAGAAAAUGGUUAAUCAUAACAAUGUGGAGAUUAGUACUUUCAGGAUUUUAUCCAGUUGAAUUUAAAGAUUUUUCUCUUGGUGAUAUUUUUUGCAGUUUAACUUAUACAAUGGGUAAUAUUUCAUUUUUCUUUUGUAUGUAUGGAACAGGAUGGAGUGGUGCAUUACAAGGAUCAGAUUCACCAUCUUGUGGAUCUUCAAAAUCAAAAUUAAUGGGAUUUUUUGCAACUUUACCACCAAUUUGGAGAUUUUUACAAUGUCUUCGUCGCUAUGCAGAUUCUGGUGAUUGGUUUCCUCAUUUAGCAAAUAUGGCCAAAUAUGGUGUUACAAUUAUUUAUUAUAUGCUUUUAAGUAUUUAUAGAAUUGAUAGUUCUGUUCAAAAUAGAGCUGUGUUCAUCUUGUUUGCUAUAAUCAAUUCAUUAUUCAGUGGAUUUUGGGAUAUAUUGAUGGAUUGGUCUUUAUUUCAAAACAAAAAAUUACUAAGAAAUGAUUUAACUUUUCCUAAAUGGUUUUAUUAUUUUGCUAUAGUUUCAGAUAUUAUUUUAAGGUUCCAAUGGAUUUUUUAUGCAUUGUUUAGUAGACAAAUUCAACAAUCUGCAGUUACAAGUUUUUGUAUUGCAAUUGCAGAAGUUUUCAGAAGAUUUAUUUGGUUAUUAAUUAGAAUGGAAAAUGAACAUGUUACAAAUAAACAUCUUUAUAGAGCAUCAAGAGAAGUUUCAUUACCUUAUGAUGUUGUUAAACGUGUUAAACCAGAUCAACAAAGAUCAGAUGAUCUUGAAUCAAGAGUUGGUUAUGAUAGUAUUGGCCAACAACAAGAACAACCAGAUACAACACCAGCUUCAAUGAGAAGAAGAAGAGAUACUUUAUUGAAUUCAGGUGUUUUACGUGAUGUUGGUUUAGCCAUUGUUAAUGCACAUGCUAAAGAUUUCCAACGUCGUUCUACUAAACCAGGUGAAAUUCCGGAAGAUAAUAAUUCAUCAGAUGAUGAUGAUAAUAGUGAUGCUGAAUCAAGUUUUAGACCUUGA